AUGUGUUGAUGGGGGUAUAGAGCAGUGCAAAGAGAGUGAGAGAGAGAGACAGACAGACAGGGCGAGAUAUAGAGAGAGAGACAGUAGAAGGAGUAGAAGGAGGGAGACAGGAGUUAAGGCCAGGACAGGUGCAGAGACUUGAGUUACAGGGGAACACCUAGACAGUCCAGAAGUUCCAGUAUUUGUUCUGUUCAUAGGUUUAAUUCAGGUUUCUGAGAUGUCUUUCUUAUUGACGGCUCUGGAUAAGCUCGCCUACUUCCUGUCACUGAUAGCAUUCUGUGUCAGCGUGUCCUACAGCUGGCUGAAAUGAGAACUGUGAAUUAGUGAGUCUGGGUUUGGAAGUUAUGCGUUAUACCUCCACUGCAUUGGCGGCUAAUUGAGUCUAAGAAGUUCUGGACGUUGGGUUUGGGAUGCGUAGACCUUACACCUGCACACCUGUUUGGAAGCUGACUGCUCAAAGUGUAAGUAGUGAGAAACCCAUAUGAGCAGAACAGAAUGAACAGAAUGGCGUGGUGCAGACAGCUGAGAGUGUGCCACGUUCUUGUGCUGGCGCUGUGCGUUUCUGCUGCUGAGGACUUCGACUGGACCAAGAACGAGAUGGGAUCCUUCUAUUACGGCACCUUCCCCACAGGAUUCUCCUGGGGUGCCGGCAGCUCAGCGUAUCAGACGGAGGGAGCGUGGGAUAAAGAUGGUAAAGGAAUGAGCAUCUGGGACGUUUUCUCACGUAAAAAAGGCAAAAUCUACCUGAACGACACUGGAGACUCCUCCUGUGAUGGCUACUACAAAGUUAAGGACGACAUCUCGCUAAUGAAAGAAAUGAAGCUGAAUCACUAUCGCUUCUCCAUUUCCUGGCCAAGGAUCCUGCCCAAUGGAAUGAGAUCUGAUCAGAUCAAUGAAAAGGGAAUACAGUACUACGAGAAUCUAAUCAGCGCACUCCUGGAGAAUCAGAUCACUCCUAUCGUAACCCUGUAUCACUGGGAUCUGCCUCAGGCCCUCGAGGAGAAAUACGGUGGAUGGCAAAAUAGCAGCAUAGUCAACUUGUUUAACGACUAUGCCAACCUGUGCUUUGAGAGAUUUGGCAACCGUGUGAAAUAUUGGAUCACGUUCAGCAACCCAUGGUCAGUUGCAGUUGAAGGCUAUGAGACCGGCGAACACGCUCCUGGACUGAAACUGAGGGGCACUGGCGCCUACAAAGCUGCCCACAACAUCAUUAAGGCACACGCUAAAGUUUGGCACACUUACGACACCCAAUGGAGAAACAAGCAGAAAGGUUUGGUGGGCAUCUCUCUAUCUGCUGACUGGGGAGAGCCAGUGGACAUCACCAACCAGAGGGACAUUGAAGCAGCAGAUCGAUAUGUGCAGUUCUACCUGGGCUGGUUUGCCACACCGCUCUUCAAUGGAGACUAUCCUCAAGUGAUGAAAGACUAUAUAGGCAAGAAGAGCGCUCAGCAGGGCCUGGGCAGCUCCCGCCUGCCAACGUUCAACCCACAGGAGAAGAGCUUCAUCAGAGGCACCUGCGACUUCCUGGGAAUCGGGCACUUUACCACUCGCUACAUCACGCCAAAGAACUACCCAUCAACCCGCGGCAACAGCUACUUCACUGACCGGGACCUGGCCGAGCUGGUGGACCCGCGCUGGCCGGACCCCGGCUCUGAAUGGCUGUACUCAGUGCCGUGGGGCUUCCGUCGCCUGCUGAACUUUGUGAAGAGCCAGUAUGGAAACCCUAUGAUUUAUGUGACGGAGAACGGCGUCUCGGAGAAGAUGAUGUGCACAGAUCUGUGUGAUGAAUGGAGAAUGCAGUACUUCAGGGAUUAUAUCAAUGAAAUGCUUAAAGCGGUGAAUGACGGGGUUAAUGUGAAGGGAUACACCGCCUGGUCUUUGCUGGAUAAGUUCGAGUGGGACGAGGGCUUCUCUGAAAGGUUCGGGCUGUAUUACGUGGACUUCAGGAGCAAGAAUAAACAGCGUUACCCAAAAGCCUCGGUUCAGUACUACAAGCGCAUCAUCAGCUCCAACGGCUUCCCCAAUCAGAGAGAGAUUGAGAGCUGGAGAAGGAAGGCGACAGAAACCUGUACCUCCAGUAAUCAGCUUUUAGCAGCAGAUCCUCUCACCAGCCACAUGGAGAUGGUGACGGAGAUCGUGGUUCCCACUGUGUGCACCCUGUGUAUUCUCAUCUGUGCUAUUUUCCUCAUGUUCCUGCUGAGAGGUCGCCUGUAGGCCUCGUUCUGACCCUACCUGACCCUUCCCGCUCCUUUCUCCAGUCUGUUCAGUCCAUUCCUCCUCACCUGUGCUCUCUGUGAGACUAACUCUACCUGCUGAAGAUGCUGAAGAUACGCAAGAUUCUGGUUCUGAAGCUGCUGUGAGCAAACCGGUUCCCUGGAAAACGUCCUGUUGGAUUAUAUCUGCAUACACGCAAAUUCCUCAGUGGAUAGCUAGAGGUUUGGUGUUUGAUAUGAGGUGAUAAAUGGGUGGAUGAAUAUAUGAAAAUAUGAAAUAUCUUUUUUAAAAAGCAUAUUUUCAUAGCUUUAAUGUAUGUUUUUUUGUAAUAUACAGUCAUGGCUGAAAAUUGCUGAAAUUUUUCCACAAAAUAAAAUAUUUCUCAUAGAAAAUUAUUGCAAUUACACAUGUUUGGUUUUAUACAUGUUUAUUUCCUUUGUGUGUAUUGAAUCAACACACAAGAAAAAUGAGAGAAAAGGUCAAAAAUUGCUAUAAUUUAAUGCAAAACUCCAUAAAUUAGUUGGACAAAAUUAUCCAUUUGGAUGGUUUAGAGGCUUCCUAUAACCAUCAACAAGUUUCUUUCACCUGCUCCAGGUCUCUUAUAUUUGAAUGCUUUCUUCUCCCAACAUAAAUUUUAGGAUCUCUCCAAAGCUGUUCAAUUGGAUUUAUAUCUGGACUUAUUGCUAGUCACUUUUUAAACUAAGUUUUGGGGUCAUUGUCUUGCUGGAAGACCCAAUUUUUACCUUUUUGUUCUCCGUUUCUUUUGUGUUGCUCCAAUACACACAAAGUAACAAAUAAACAUGUGUAAAACAUAACAUUGUGUGAUUGCAAUUUUUAUGGGAGAAUUACUUAAUUUUCUAGAAACAAUUCAGGGGUGCCAACACCUUUGGCCAUGACUGUUUCUUAAGUACAGUGGGGAUUAAACAGAGCGAUUCUGUGAAAUAAGAUACUGAAAGUAAUGCUCAGUUAAUAAUAAAGACAUGUAUCAUCUACAGUAAAUAUUAAAUAAAGGUUUAAUAACCCUG